ACACAAGAUAAUAUGUCCAGAGCUCAGGAUAAGUCUAAUACACACGAUAAUGUGUCCAGAGCUCAGGAUAAGUCUAAUACACAAGAUAAUAUGUCCAGAGCUCAGGAUAAGUCUAAUACACAAUAUAAUGUGUCCAGAGCUCAGGAUAAGUCUAAUGCACAAGAUAAUAUGUCCAGAGCUCAGGAUAAGUCUAGUACAAAAGAUAGUAUGUCCAGAGCUCAGGAUAGGUCUAAUACACAAGAUAAUGUGUCCAGAGCUCAGGAUAAGUCUAAUACACAAGAUAAUAUGUCCAGAGCUCAGGAUAAGUCUAAUACACAAGAUAAUAUGUCCAGAGCUCAGGAUAAGUCUAGUACAAAAGAUAGUAUGUCCAGAGCUCAGGAUAGG